UGCAUGUUUCACAGUUGUAUAUUUCUUUGAAGUAUUAAUAAGCACUUGGAAAGAAUGAUCUCUCUUAAUUCUCAACCUAUGGAAAUAUGUGUUGCGGCUUUAGCUUGGUCAACUCGGUAGCACUCGAGUGUUUAUUCCAAAAAUAAUUAUCUAAUCAUGCCAAACACAUGAUAUCUGGUGUUACUAUGAAACGUUUCACACUACUUUAACUACUUUAAGUUCUAGUAUUCUCAAAUUCUCACUUAUAGCACCGAUUUUAAUAUAUGUCAAACAUGAUUGUCAAUGUUCCCUUGGGCCACACUUACCUCUCUUGACGUCUGUAAUCCCGAGAUGUUUAGGCAAUGAACUUGUCAAUGCCAUUCAUUUUUUUUUCGUGGGUUGGUAGUCAUAUGUUAAAAGAAUUAUAGGAUGCUUGGAUGUGUCCUGAAUUCCCAAGCAGUUUUUACCACAAUGAAACUGUCAAUAUAGUAUAAUUUGCUAGCAGGUUGGUAGGACUUGGGUAAUAGAGUUGUUGGCCGGUUGUCCCUUGGUUCUUGUACUGCAUCUAGUUAUGGAGCAAUAUCGAGUCUUGGAUUUGUACUGAUGCUGGUUAUGUUCUUUUAUUGGUGAGAGAGAGAGAAGUGCGUAUAUUGGGGAGAGGAAGAUAAGUGCAUAUAUUGGAGAGAGGCAGGGGCCAUGAUUGUCUUAUAGUUUUUUUUGCAUGUAUGCAUCUACAAUUUAAGGGCAAUGAAGGAUCUAUGUUGCAUCCAGAACCAUCCCUUGCUGGUGUUACUAAUUUAAGGGCAAUGAGGGAUAUGGUAGAUGUGGUCUCUAAGAAAGUGUUGGUUCAUGAUCGAUCUAAGGGAGAGAAACUUUAAAAACUCCUUAGCCUAGGAGAGGAAAAUGAGAGCCGAAGAGAGAUGAGAAGAGAUGUAGCUCUUUUAUUGUGAGAUUUAAGGUUUCUUUGCCUUCUGUGCUGCAUCUUUAAUUUUCUUCUGUUAUUGUUUAGUACCUUUGGUAUAUGUCUAAUAGUAGAAGAUAAUUGUCACAACCAUGGCGGUAUUAGAGGAUUAGUGACUCUAGAGCACAACCUAGUCUUCAGGCUGGAGAGGGGUCCAAGAAGCUACGAAUGCUCUCUCAUUCACCAUAAUAAAGAACAUUUAUUGGUCGCUCAUCCAUUUACCAUCAAGGUGCUGAUAUUUUGUUGACUUUGACUCUUUGAGCACCAAGAAAAAUCGUUAUUCCAUUUAUAUCCUCAUUUAUCUUCUACUACCUCAUCGAACUUUCAGGGUUGUGCAUAUGUGCCUGUUUCAUCCUCAUUGCUUAUUGGCAUAAAAUUCAUGAGAUCAUAUUAGUAGCAAAAGUCCUUUUACUCCUUUUUCUAUCUGGGCCUCAGAAUUUCUCCUAUGAGCAGCAUGUCAUAGCACUAUAAGUGAGAAAAACAAAUCAACUAAAAAUAAGGCGUUCGCUGUAUGCUAUUUGUAUGUGUAAAAUUGUUUGAUUCUAUUCAAUACAAUAUAUCACCAUCGAACCAUCAAAUAUUUACUACUAGAUAUUAAUUACCAGUAAAAUAUUCCCCACUUCAACAAAUUAUAACAUGAUAAUACUUGAUGGUUACAUUUUAUCAUUCAAACAUGAUAUAUCAACUAUAGUCCUUACAGCCUAUAAUUUAUACAUCAAGCACAUAAAGCAGAAAACAACUAUCAGGCUUCCUACGUAGAAACAAGAAGAUGGAAGAUCUGCACAUUGAAGGAAGGAGAAGAAAAAAAGGUGAAGAACUGGAGUCGCACUGCUUGAUGAUGAGUGUAGAGUGGAGAUGCUCUUGAUGAUGAGACGAGGCAUAUCCACUGUUGUGAUAAACUAUUCAACCCAAUUGUGAGGCCCUGGCAUCAGGCCUCCCAAGCAAUGGACACCCACAGACGCAGCAGUGUAAUGGGAGUCCAAUGGAAGGGUUUAUAGAACCCAAAAAUGACGUCUAUACUCAUGCAAAUUUUCUAGAACUAGAUCGCACAGUAGCCACUGAAUUACUUGAAUCUUCAAUUGAAUCCAACAAAAAACCAGCCUACCUUGGUUCAUGGUCUUUGCAUCCUGACAUUAAAAAGCCACAGCUGUGCCAGUUGAAUAGUAUUGAAGGCCAAUUUUAUCCUUUCUUGGUGAAUAAUAGAGUUCAAUAUGCUCCAUUUACCAUGUUCCCUCAAAGUUACCCAAAUGAUUAUCAGCAUCAAGAGUUCCAUUAUUUUGUGGUAAUUGAUUUUGAGGCUACAUGUGACAAGGAAAGGAACCCUCAUCCCCAAGAGAUCAUUGAGUUCCCUUCAGUGAUAGUGAGUAGUGUGACUGGUCAACUGGAAGCUUGUUUUCAAACAUAUGUGCGUCCAACAUGCAAUCAGCUUCUAAGUGAUUUUUGCAAGGAUUUGACCGGAAUACAACAAAUUCAGGUGGACAGAGGAGUUACUCUUAGUGAAGCUCUCCUUCGGCAUGACAAAUGGCUUGAGAAGAAGGGGAUAAAAAAUGCCAACUUUGCUGUCGUUACAUGGUCAAACUGGGAUUGUCGUGUCAUGUUGGAAUCAGAAUGCAGAUUCAAGAAAAUUCGUAAGCCUCCUUAUUUUAACCGAUGGAUCAACUUAAAAGUUCCAUUCUGUGAGGUUUUUGGUGGUGCAAAAUGCAAUUUGAAGGAAGCUGUCCAGAUGGCCGGUCUAUCGUGGCAGGGUCGAGCCCACUGCGGUCUAGAUGACGCUAAAAAUACCGCCCGCCUACUUGCUCUCCUCAUGCACAAAGGUUUCAAGUUCUCAAUCACCAAUUCCUUGAUGUGCCAAUCAACUGAACACCAUGCUUUCACUUGGAAACAGCAGCCUGUUGGACACAUGCCUUUUCCUCCAUACCAUCAUCACCUGCCUCAUAAACCAAAAGAUCUGCACUUCUUCCCACUGUUUUAUCCUUGCUGUCACUGUGGCGUGAAAAGCAGCAAAGGGAUGGUCCGAAAACCAGGACCCAAACAGGGCAGCUGUUUCUUUGGGUGCGGGAAUUGGACUUCUGCUAGAGGUGCUCGUUGCCAGUUCUUCGAAUGGGCUUGAUUGAAAGUACCCUUCUACCCUUCAUGGUAUCUAUCAGUUAAAGCUAUGUGUACCUUUUUUGUAAAAAGAAGAAAAAAAGGGGGAAAAUCGAAGCAGUUGGAGGUUUCUUCUGCUUCUUUGAAAAGUAAAUAUUUUUAUGGUUGGCUCUAAAAUGAUAUAAUGUUUAAGUAGGGUGCAGAAGGAUUUCCAUCCAUCCUAUUAAGUUGAGUGAAGAUUUUAGAGGAAUUGGUAGUUUAGUUGGUUGGUCUGGUUUGGGGGGUGCUUUUGUUACAUGCCUAAUUAUCUAAAAUAAUCCAUGAAAUGUGGGUAGUAAUGCUUUGGUUUCAUUGCGUAUGCCUAUUUGUCUUUGCUUUUGGGGGUGCAAAUGAAGCCAAUUGCUGUGUCUAAAACUACUGUUUUCUGUUUCUUUCCUUUUUGUUGUUUGUUUUGGAUUUAUGGCUGCCUUUUGUUUACACUCUUUUGGCCUUGAGUAUGGUAUGGUAAAAGGUUUGUGAACAUUUGUGGUGAAGUAACUACAAUUGGAUUCUAGUUUAAUCUGCAUAUGUCUUAUCCACAUGAGCUGAAAGAACCGUACUUUGAGUGGGGAUAUAUCGAGUACGUUUGGUUUUUAUUGAAGCAAUAUAUGGUUCUAUAAGCUUUACUUGU